AUGCCAGUAAGAACAGACGCUCCCACGGUGGUCAGACUGUCCGACGAGGAACGGGCGACUGGUGUAUUAUCCAGCACCAACCUGUACGAUGCCGUGGCUGCUUUCCAUCGCGACGGCCUUGUUGUUUUGGACAAUGCUAUCCCAGUCGAUAUCAUCGACAAGCUCAAUGAAAGAAUGAUGAUGGAUACCGACAGGAUCAUGACAGGAGCCGUAAAGGGUGUACACUGGAACCAAGGAAUCGAAUGCGGCAACAUAUCACAAGUCCCCCCACUGGUCAAAGGUUACCUAUUCCCGGAAAUUUACGCCAACAAAUCCGCUGCUGCCGUUCUUAAUCAGCUCCUGGGACCCAAACCCGAGCUUCAUUACGUUCGUUCCAAUACGCUGAUAGGUCAUGCCCCUGAACGGCAGGAUGUGCACAGGGAUAUAAAAGGACGACAUAUUCCUGCGCCUACAGCCAUCGCAAUGAACGUUUGUCUCAUCGACGCACAUGCCAAGAACGGAUCAACCGAAAUAUGGCUGGGGACUCACCGCGAGCAGACCCUCGACGACUUUGUGGCCUUGACCUCGGGGGAUGUGAAGAAGAGUGCUUUGGAAAAGAGGAGACAAGUGAGACCACCCAUGCAGCCCGAUCUGCCCAAAGGAAGUUUGGUAUUAAGGGAUUUACGAUUAUGGCAUGCAGGUAUGCACAAUGAGACCGACGAAAUUCGAGUGAUGCUCGCCCUGGUCUAUACCGCUGCUUGGUACAAAAACCCCCUCCUCCCUCCUUGGCCCAAAUCUGUACAAGCAGAAGUUGAAGCACUCGGUGCGAAUAAUGACACAUGGGUGGGCGGAACGUUCUACGACGACGAGGAGAAGAAAGAGUAUCUCGCAAUAGACUUUGACGGAAACUUUGGUUCUAGUCUUGAAGACUUGAUGGUCGUUGCGUAG